UAGACAGAUGGCGACAUGAGAAAGAGAGAGUGGAGAAGAAGAAAAGAAUUACGAUCAAAGAAAUAAGACAUCUUUCUCUAUACGUUUUCACAUUACAAACUCAAAGCAAAAAAAAGAAAAGAAAACUGUAUUUUUCAUUUUCGAUCUAAAAAGUGAAAUCUAACCUUUGCUUUAGUCUUUAGAGAUCGUUUUGGUGAUUCUUGUUUUGAUUAGUUCUUGAUAUGGAUCAGCAUCAUCAGCUUCACCAGCUUCAAUACCUCAACAAACAUCAUCACCAUCUUCAUCCUCAAUCUCAAACUCCCGAGCUAGCUUCUCCGGCUACAGGGGAUAGGUUUCCACAGUGGAGCCUAGAAGAGACUAAGGAGUUAAUAGCCAUAAGAGGAGAGUUGGAUCAAACUUUCAUGGAGACUAAGCGUAACAAGCUUCUUUGGGAAGUUGUCUCUAACAAGAUGAGAGACAAAAGCUUUCUUCGUAGCCCUGAACAGUGCAAGUGCAAGUGGAAGAACCUCGUCACUCGCUUUAAGGGAUGUGAGACAAUGGAGGAAGAGACAGCAAGACAACAGUUCCCUUUUUAUGAUGAUAUGCAAAUUAUAUUUGCAAGUAGAAUGCAAAGAAUGUUAUGGGCUGAAUCCGAGGGAGGAGGAGGAGGGGGAACAAGCGGGAUAACGAGAAAGAGAAGUCACUCAGAGCAGUUUUCUUCAGAUGAGGAAGAAGAGAACGUGAAUGAAGAGCUAGUAGAUAUCAGCAAUGAACCCAAACCCCUAAACCCGAAAAAGAACAUUGCAAAGAAGCGAAAAGGCGGUAUUAGUAAUAGUAGUGGUGGUGCUAAUAAUAGUGUAAGAGAGGUUUUGGAUGAGUUUAUGAGACAUCAGCUGAGGAUGGAGAACGAGUGGAGAGAAAGAUGGGAGGUUAGGGAGAAGGAGAGAGCAGAGAAAGAAGAAGAGUGGAGAAGGAAGAUGGAGGAGCUUGAGAAGGAGAGGAUGGCUAUGGAGAGGAUGUGGAGGGACAGAGAGGAACAAAGGCGGUCGAGGGAGGAGAUGAGGGCAGAGAAGAGGGAUUCACUAAUCAAUGCAUUGCUUGCUAAGCUUACUAGAGAUGGUUCUUUCUAGCUUUACUAUUUUAACGUAAGUUAAGUUGGUCUCUUUCUAUGCAUGUUUGAGGUGUAGUUUAGUCAUUUGGUGGGAAUAGUUAGUAUAUUCAUGGAAAAAAAAAACUCAAUACUCAUAAUAUUGAGUUUUUAGUGGGACUUUAGGAAUAUAUUAACCCCACAUUCUUUUUUCUCCAUGCUACUACUGAUUCUGGUUAAUCUAUUGGGCCAUGUUAUAAUUUGCAUACCAUUUAUCUCAAUGUGAUAAUGGUUUUCCAAGUCGGUCACCGACCUCUUAUGGCUCAUCAGUUCAUGAUACUCUCUGAAAACUACAGGUAUUGUCGUUUAUAUAAAAAUAAUAAUUUAAAAUGAGUAUUUUCAGUAGUUUGUAAUCAUUUAAUAUUAUUAGAAAAAAAAGAAAAUGAAUUAUAUUUUGGAAUUUAUGAUUCAAAGAAAUUUUAGGAUACUGAAUUUUGCUGAAAAAAGUUGAACAUAAGAAGUGGCAGACAUAGUUAUUUCUCCCACGUCUGGAUUCAAAAUUUUCAAACAAUAUUUUUUGUUUCUUCUGUAUUUGAUAUCAACAUGAUAACUAGUUACAUGCAAUUAUAUCUUCGUGGCCCAUAAGAAUAUCAAAAAUUAUAAUCAUAUCAAGGAAUGUAUUAUAUGCAUAAAGAAAAGAAGGUACACGCGUUUAGCUUUGGCGUUUAGGUGAAUGAAUGAGAGAACCGUGUAUCGUCUCGUUGAAACUUGAAAGGGACAACAAGACAUACUGUCAGUGACAUUGACCUUUUUGUUUGGCAAAGCCAAUGCCACAACUUGUCUCCUUCUGACUCGAGGUCGGUCCUCAAACUCCAUUUCCGAUUUAGUUGGUUGGUAUUUAUACUUUCA